AUGCGCUUCCAGAUUACUAUCUUACCAGACGAUGUUCAACUGAUUGCACAGGAGGCACGAGAGUUCAUGAACUCAUUUGACAUAGUGUUGACUUCCGGUGGCAUCGGUCCAACUCACGACCAUGUGACAUUCGAAGGUGAUCCUAGUGUUCCUCCUUUAUCACUGGGCUUUUUCUUAGGUCUGACGAAAACGUUAAACGAAAGGACACUUGUUCAUCCUGAGCUUUUAAAUGUGGUCGAGAAUUUCUUCGGCUUCGAUUCCUGUUUCGGUGCACUCCACAGACUUGCCUGUAUCCCAGGCUCUUUCGGGUUCGCGUACGGGAUAGACCAGUCCACCGGAAGACAAAGUUACUAUCCAGUUGUCAAGGUCCGGAAUAUUUACGCCUUACCUGGGAUCCCAAUACUCUUUCAUACGUCUUUCGAAAUCAUCAAAGUAAGUGGUCAAUUCAAAGUUGUGCAGACAGUAAAAAAUAUGUAUUUGAGAAAUAUGGUAUCGUACGAGUCGGAUCACAAAUCGUAUUUAUCUCGUGAUCCUAGCUUGAAACCAGGUCUCUGUAUGAUAUAUCUCGGGGCGUUGAUUCCUUGCCGCACCGCUUUGUCUGGUUCCGUUGUAACUAAAUAUUGA